AAUCGCCAGCUUGUGCACAUUCGUGCGAUUAGUGCCUCUGAAAGCCAGGCGCCUUCAGUCCGAUUUUAUUUGCUGGCCAAUCGUCCCACAAUGCAGAACAGGCGGAGGCUUUUGCGGGAGUACAGAUCCUACGAUGAUCUCAGCGAGCACUUCCGAAUGUUCGGGUCGCAGUCCCUGGACUCUCUGCAGGAUCGUGUGGAUAUGAACCCCAGUGGCAGCGAUGGCAUCUCCACCGACGGACUGGACUACUACCAGAGCUGCUCUCAGUCCCAUUCGGGGCUGCUGAGGGAGCACAACUUCAAGGUGAAGUCCUACUACUACAAAGUGGGCAAUUGCGUACACUGCAGAAAGAGGAUCCGCUUCGCCAUGGCCAGCCUGCGGUGCCGGGCGUGUCCGCUCCGCUGCCACAUCGCCUGCUGUCGCCAGCUGACGGUGAACUGCAUUCCACAGCCCCAAAUGACCGCGAAGCGUGGUAAUCUCAGCGAUUAUGCGCCCCGGGUGGCGCCCAUGGUGCCGGCCCUAAUUGUCCAUUGUGUCACUGAGAUCGAGGCGCGGGGCCUGCAGCAGGAGGGGCUCUACCGGGUGUCCUCGACGCGGGAAAAGUGCAAGCGGCUGCGGCGGAAGCUGCUGCGUGGCAAGUCCACGCCGCACUUGGGCAACAAGGACACCCACACACUGUGCUGUUGUGUGAAGGACUUCCUUCGCCAGUUAUCACAUCCUCUGAUACCCAUUUACCAUCGGAGGCAUUUCGAGGAGGCCACGCGGCUGGAAGAUCCCUUGGCCGUCGAGAUGGCGGUCUAUCUGGCGGUCCUCGAGCUGCAGCAGGCCCACAGGGACACGCUGGCCUACCUGAUGCUCCACUGGCAAAGAGUGGCGGAAAGCCCAGCCGUCCGCAUGACGGUGAACAAUCUGGCCGUGAUCUUUGCCCCAACUCUCUUCGGGGAUCUGGACCUGACCCUCGAAAAUGUGGUCAUCUGGCAGCGGGUUCUGAAGGUGCUGCUCCUCUUGCCCCCUGCAUUUUGGGCCCAGUUCCUGGAGGUCCAUCCGCUGCCCACUCCCUUGGGCAGUACCUAUGACUUCGAGGAGCGGUACCAUCAGGGGCACUGGGACCACUCGUCGAAUCUGGGAUGGACUUCCGUUAAGACCUACUUUAGAUCUAUGGCAAACCUCAGCAGCACUAACCUGUAGUGUAAAGCGGAUGACUGAUUGUUGAUUUAAGUGGAAGCAUUUCUAUUGAACAAAGAAAUAGAAAUAGAAAACCCUUCGGUGAUUCCUAGCA